CAAAAAUUCAUGAAUCUGACUAGAUAUAAUUUUUUACAAAAUCUAGCAUUCAUCUAAUAAAGCAUCAAAGAAGCCAAUUAUGUAGCUUUGGAUUUGGAAUUUACAGGUGUGAUUGCUUCAUCUUUAUUAAGAAAUUCUCUCCUUGAUUCUGUACACCACAAUAAAUUAUCAAGUUUUAAAUGCGAUAUUGGAAGAUCAAAGAAAAUGUCAGACGAUUCCUACCAGUUUAAAUGGGUCUGUGUACUUUUAAAGAGUAACCUAAUUCUAACACUAUUAUUGCUCAUCCAUUUAAUUUUUAUAUAUUUCCUUAUGGUGUAGAUGGCUAUUUAGACAAAUAAUUCUAAUUGAAUGUAAGCAUUUAAUUAAAUGUAUAGAGUAGUACCAUUUAAUUUCUUAUAAACAACAAUUUUGAUUUUAAUAAGACUUUCAAUGAAGGAAUUCUUUAUUUAUCCCAUUAAAAUGAAAGAAUUAUGAGAGAAACUAAAAGAAUACAAGAUUUAAGAAAUGAUAUUAGAUAUUUAGAUAAAAUUGUUACGUUUGAAAUGAUCAAUUUUGUUAAACAAUACAAAGUGUUAAUUGAACAAUUUCUUAAAUUUAGUGAUGAUCUAUAAUUUGAAAUUCCUAUCAAAAGACUCAAAGUUAAAGUAUACAGACAUUUUAUAGAAAGUGUAAAUUAAAAUAAUGAGUUCUUUUUAGAUUAACAAAGAAUUUGGAAAGAACUAUGAAUUUCAUUGUAAAUAUGAUUCCGAUGUUUUAAUAAAGAGAGAGAAAUUAUACAUUGUUAAAGGACCAGAACCUGUAGAAACAAAAAAAUAGAAUGUUGAAGAGGUAAAUGAAUUUGCUGGAGUGAGAGUUUUACUAGAUCAAAUUAGUUAGCAAAAGACUCCCCUUAUAUUACAUAAUGGUUUAAUGGAUAUUAUGCACGUAAUAUGUUAUUAUUAUAUAAAAAAAGGUUUAUGAUAAAUUUUUUGAGACUCUACCAGAUUCAAAAAAUGAAUUCAUUACAAAAGUCAAUUAAAUCUUUCCAGAGAUAUAUGAUACCAAAUAUAUAAUCAAUCAAAGUUAUAGUGUAUACAAUAAAGUUGGAUAGUUUUCUGAACUAAAGAACAGCUUCAUUAAUUUAUAAAGCUUAGAACCUAAUGUUGUUUUUGGGGAUGAAUGUCAAGAAUACAAUAAUCUUGAUGAUAAUUAAAGUUUUGAACAUGAAGCUGGAUUUGAUUCAUAUAUGGCUGGAAGUAUUUUUUAUAAAGCUAAAAAAUUGAUGAAUCUUGAUUAGAACAAAUUAAAUCUUUAUAAGAAUAAAGUUCCUUAAAGUUCAAUCAAGAUACCAUUAGAUUUUAGUGAUAUGAGUGGAGAUGAUAAAUAUCAUAGCAAAUAGAUUUAUAUUUUUCAUGUUGAAAUUUUAGAAAAAAAUUUAGUCCCUGAUUCUUUGAUAAAAAACUAUUUCAAAGAAACCUAUAUUGCUGAUAUAGACCUCUUUUUGUCACAUGAAUAAAACUUUGAAUAUUUUAUGGUUUUUCAAACCCUCGAAGGAUCUUAAUAGUUUAGAAAAACUAUGAAAAAUGGUGUAACAAUAAGUAUUUUUAUCAUAAACUUAUAGUUAAAAUUGGAGAUCACGAAUUAAUUAUUACAGAAUAUGAGAACUAUGUUCAAAAGUUAUAAAGAAGAGCUAAAGAUGAAUUAUCGAUUAAAGAAAUGCCCACAAUAUUAGAAUGA